AUGGGUUUAACAGCAGGGAGUUCAAGUUGGCCCUCUUGCAUUUCUCCUGCCUGCAUUUUUCUUGCUGUGUUCCUCAUUCUUUCAAACAUGCCUUGUGAAGCUCACCUAUCUCCAACAUUCUAUGAUCAUACCUGUCCAAGAGCACUCACCACCAUCCAGACAGCUGUCAGAACAGCUGUGUCACGUGAGCGUAGAAUGGCAGCAUCUCUAAUUCGUCUUCACUUCCACGAUUGCUUUGUCCAGGGCUGUGAUGCAUCAAUCUUGCUUGAUGAUUCCUCCUCCAUUCAAAGCGAGAAGAAUGCACCUAAUAAUUUGAAUUCAGUUAGAGGGUACGAAGUCAUAGAUAAUAUCAAGUCAAAGGUGGAGAGCCUAUGUCCAGGCGUUGUAUCUUGUGCAGACAUUGUUGCCGUCGCAGCCCGAGAUGCAUCUGUUGCUAUUAAUUUUCGCCGUGUAUCAAAUAGGUUAGUGGCCCAACAUGGACAGUGA